AUGAAUGCCUGGAAGAAAUUCAAGUUAGGAAAAUGGAAAGAUGAAAAUGAAAACAAAGAAAAAGAAGUUGGGAAAGAUCGAGAUAGAGGAGAAAAAGCAGAGUUAGAAAAUAAUACUAGACUUUUCCAUUUCCAUCACUCUAAUCAUGAUCAUCAUCAUCACCAUAAACAUCAAAACAGUCAGAGUUCAGUCACAUCAGAUGAUUUUUUUGUCGAUCGGAAGAAAACUAUAGUCAAAUCUCCAUCCUCAAUUGCACCAGUUCGUUUAUCAUCAGAAGUUUUAUCAUCUACAUCGACAAUGAAGGACACUUCCAUAGCUGCAGACUCGAGGAGCGAAAGCUCGAGAUCUGAAUCAACGGCACCGACAACUGGUACCGCAACGAGUAAUCAUCACACGAAUACUAGCGCUGGUAUUAUGACUAUAAAGGUAUACAACGGUGAAGAUUUCACUUUACCAAUCCCUAUUACCUCUAAGGAACAAAUAUUAUCAAGAUUAUUGGGCUCAGGAAUCAAUUCGUUGCACCACAAUUUAUCGAAUGAAGUUAAUACUUUAAUCUCACAACUCUCGAAAAUUCAACUUGAAGCACAUGAGGGCCGAUCGUCAUCUUCAUUGGGCUCUCCUGAUGAAAAUUUAAUUGAUGGUAAAUUAGCUACAAAUUAUAUUCCUGCUACUGUAAUGUUACCUGCUUCAACUAAAUUAAAUCCUUUAUUAUAUUUUACUAUUGAAUUUGAUAAUACAGUGGCUACUAUUGAACCUGAAUAUGGCUUGAUGUCUAAUCCGAUAUUUAAUAAGAUAUCUACAUUUGAUGUGACAAGAAAAUUACCAUUUUUGAAAAUUGAUGUAUUUGCAAGAAUCCCAUCCAUUUUACUACCACCUAAGAUGUGGCAACAAAUAAAAAUUGAAGAAGAUAGAAAAAUGAAGAAAAUUCUAGAAAAAAUUAACUCUAACCAAGAUAUUCAUUUAGGUUCAGUGGAAGUUCCAGUCAAUUUGAAAAUUAAUUCUGCUGCUAAUAUACGUCUUUACAAUCAUCAUUGGAUCUCUUUGGAUAACGGUAUGGGUAAAAUUAAUAUCAGUAUAGAUUACAAGCCAUCAAGAAAUAAGCCUUUAUCCAUUGAUGAUUUCGAUCUUUUGAAAGUGAUUGGUAAAGGUUCAUUUGGUAAAGUUAUGCAAGUUCGUAAAAAGGAUACACAAAAGAUAUAUGCGUUAAAGGCAAUUAGGAAAUCAUAUAUUGUCUCAAAAUCGGAAGUGACACAUACAUUAGCGGAAAGAACUGUCUUAGCAAGGGUUAAUUGUCCUUUUAUUGUGCCAUUGAAAUUUUCCUUCCAAUCUUCCGAAAAAUUAUAUUUAGUACUUGCAUGUAUUAAUGGUGGUGAAUUAUUUUAUCAUUUACAAAGAGAGGGUAGAUUCGAUUUGUCACGGGCAAGAUUUUAUACUGCUGAGUUACUUUGUGCCUUGGAAACUUUACAUAAUUUAAAUGUCAUUUAUAGAGAUUUGAAACCAGAAAACAUUUUGCUCGAUUAUCAAGGACAUAUUGCUCUGUGUGACUUCGGACUUUGUAAAUUGAAUAUGAAGGAUGAUGAUAAGACUGACACAUUCUGUGGUACACCUGAAUAUUUGGCGCCUGAGUUACUAUUAGGACAAGGUUAUACAAAAGUAGUUGAUUGGUGGACUUUGGGGAUACUAUUAUAUGAGAUGUUAACUGGCUUACCGCCAUAUUAUGAUGAGGAUGUCCCUAGAAUGUAUAGAAAGAUCCUUCAAGAUCCGUUAAGAUUCCCUGAUGGUUUUGAUCAAGAUGCCAAAGAUUUAUUGAUACAAUUGCUAAAUCGUGACCCAUUAAGAAGGUUAGGAUGUAAUGGAGCAGAUGAGAUUAAAAGUCACCCUUUUUUCAGUCAGUUAUCCUGGAAAAGAUUGGUUUCUAAAGGUUAUAUUCCACCGUACAAACCACCUGUAGCAAGUUCUGUUGACACGCGUAAUUUUGAUCAGGAAUUCACUAGUGAGAAACCUGUAGAUAGUGUUGUUGAUGAAUAUUUGAGUGAAAGUGUUCAGAAACAAUUUGGGGGAUGGACAUAUGUUGGUAAUGAACAAUUAGGUAGUUCGAUGGUAGGCGAUAACAAUAUAUGA